UAACCGUCUGGCUGCAGGGCCGAUUGUGAACCGGGCCUCUCUCAGCCCCCCCCCCCCCAAGAGUCUCGCUGCCUUUCUUCUCCAGCUUUUCCUCUUCCUUUCCGUUUGCAGAGCGGCUCCCUGAUUGACUCCAUUCCUUGUCCUGUUUCCCCGCGUGCAAAUCUAUCCCGUUGGAGAUAAUCUUACACAGUAAUCACCCUAAUCAUAAUCUGGUCGUCUGUUUCCACUUUCUACUCUUCCCGAUCUGCAGCGGAGCCAUCCUGACCGACGUGGGUCCGACGAAAUCGAUCGAAUUAUUCACCGUCACCGUCACCACUGCCACUACCACUCUCAUCAUCGUCUCACCGCGCCUCCCCUCCGUCAUUCCUCUUGCAUGGUGUCGCGCUUCGAUCCUCUGUAGCCAUGGGUUCGACGCAGUUUGGCAAUUUCAACGACUUUUGUCGGGAUUCCACGCUGCCGGUCUGCAACCUCUUCGUGUCCAACAACCAGCCCCCCAAUGAAGCGUUUAAUGGAUGCGCGCUUCACGGUAUCGAGCUCAGCCAUGGCCGCUACCUCAGUAAUCUGGGCUCUAUCAUCUUGGCGUUUAUCUCCAUCAUAGUAUCGCUUUUCCUGCUGUUAAGAUCGGAUCGCAAACGCGCAGCAGUCGGCCGAAGGGAAAUGCAAAUAUUCCUGCUCGGAUUCAUCGUCAUCGAAAUCUGCGAGAUCUUCUCCGUGGGCGGCUUCCCUUUGGACCCAGCAGUCCGCAAGGGCUUCUCGGCUGUACAUGUGGCUGCGAUCACUGCAACGUGUUGGAUCCUGUUCCUCAAUGCCCUGGUGGGCUACCAAUUGCUGGACGACGGCACCCCAGCGUCAAUUGGUCUGAUCAUUGCCUCCGCCCUGGUUCUCUUCAUUGGUACGGGUUAUAUUGCUUUGGACACGGCCUUCGACUGGACGGGCGAGUUCGCAACCACGGCGGCAGAAAAGUAUCGCAAUAUCGCCCUCUAUGUGCUGUAUCAGCUCUUUCCUCUCGUUUGCCUGGUGGCGUUUUACGUAUUGGAGGCUGUCCUGGUGAUUCGGAUUUUGGGUGAACUUCGGCCCAUGAUUUACUUGACCGCUGCCGCCCUGUUGUUCGCCAUCGGACAGAUCUUCGAAUAUGUGAUUAGCGUUCACCUCUGCACGGCGUCCCAUCACAAGAUCAACGGCGCCUUAUUCGAGACCCUCUUCACCCUUUUGGCAGUUACUACGGUUUGGACGUUUUGGAGCAGCAUCACCGAAGACGACUGGCCCAUGCCGAUGGCACCUGGCGGUGGAUACCGUUAG